GCGGCUGGCUGAGGCAGCCCUGGCUGAAGUAACGCGGGCUCGACCCCACGCGUCAUCUUCGCCCCAUGUCGGCCCCGCGCGGGUGCGGGCGCUGGCGGGCCGUUCGCGGCCUGGCCUGGAUGCCCUUGUCCGGCCGGGGCCGGACGGCAACGCCUGAGUGCGUCUCCCCGGCCUGAGCAGGGACCCGCGACAUGGAGGGGAACCGAAUGCUGCGUGGCUGUCCCAAAGAGAAGAACCGUCCCAUUUCCAGGAAAGAGGCAGCUGAAGGUGAUUUGAAGGCAUUUUGGACACAACUGGAAAGUAGAAGAGUGGAUCUCAUAUUUGAGCAGGUGCAAGAAGUGCUGCUGCUGCUAAAGGAAAAGAUCAAGAAUGGAACUGCCACAAAUCAAGAAUGUUGGCAGGCUUGGACACUGGUAAACGAAGCUGAUCUGGGUGAUCUUUUAACGUUGACAGAUGUAAAUGAUGUUCUUGAUGGAGAGGAUACACAGGAAUCCAAACCUAAAUCACAGCAUCCUGUUACAGAUGACAACAGUGGAAAUUCUGUAGAUGGUUCACAUAGCAAAAAGGAGAAGAUUGAAAAAUCAGAUUCAGGGAGUGAGGAAGCAUCGAGUGAAAUUCAACAUGUACCUCUAAAUCGCCGGUAUCGGAUCCACAAGUGCUCCAGUGCAUGUCUCUCCAACAGAGCAGUAAGCUCCUACAAGGGUGAAAAUCCUCUCAAGAUACCAAUACUGUUUCACUUUCAGAGACGCCAUGCGAAAGCAGACUGCCUUUCAAAAUCACUGGAUGUGCAUUAUAAAGCUCCCUGUGGCAGAAGUCUGAGAAGUUUUCAAGAUGUUCAGAAUUAUUUGUUUGAGACAAAAUGUGAUUUCUUAUUUAUUGAUCACUUCUCUUUCAACACAUACGUCCUGUUGGGCAGGAACACUGUAAAUCCAGAACCCCUUGUGUUUGAUGUUGAUAUUAGCAAUGGAGCUGAAUCUGUGCCUAUUUCCUUCUGUAAUGACAUUGACCGUGCCAGGUUACCUUAUUUUAAAUACCGGAGGGCAUCGUGGCCUCGUGGAUAUUAUCUCAACAAUUUGUCCAGCAUGUUUCUUGAUUCAUGUGACUGCACGGAUGGCUGCAUUGAUAGGUCUAAGUGUGCAUGUCUGCAGCUAACUGCAAGAGGCUGCCGUAAAGUUUCUCUGUCUCCUAAUACUAAAACGUCUCGUGGAUACAGUUACAAAAGACUGGAAGGGCCUGUUCCUAGUGGAAUUUAUGAGUGUAGUGUGUCGUGCAGAUGUGACAAGAUGAUGUGUCAAAACAGAGUUGUACAGCAUGGCAUUCAAGUUCGAUUGCAAGUGUUCAACACAGAGAAGAAGGGUUGGGGCGUCCGCUGCCUGGAUGAUAUCGACAAGGGGACGUUUGUUUGUACUUACUCAGGCAGGUUAAUGAGCAGAGCUGAAGUUCAAGAGCUGGGAGGUGCUGAUCAAGACUUGAAAGAGGAGAGUGCUGUGAAUGACAGAGGGCAAAGCUUUUUUUCCAAAAGAAGAAAACUUGAUUCUAGCUGUUCAGACUCUGAGAUUGAACUCGUGCAGACUGGCAAAGAUGAUAUGCUUGAGCAGCAGGAACAGCAGGAACCUUCUGCUAAUGAAAAUGAAUCAGCUCUAAUUCAUGCAAGGAAUUUGAAUGCUGCAGCUGUGAGAAGGCUUGGAACUAGAAUAGCUGUUGUGGAUAAUCACCAGCUGAAAAUGGAGGUUGAUACUCUGGUGCACAGUGCCAGCUCAGAUGAAGAUAAUAUUUCUCAGUCUCAGCAUUCAAGCAAAACAGAACUGACCAGUGGAACAAACAAAGAAAAAGAAAGAUCCAUCCAGAAGCAGAAGGAAAAAGAUCUGGUGGAAGUUGGACAGACGGAGCCUGGUGAAAUGGGCAGUGCAGAAUGCAGAAGGAAGAGUCUGUCUCUGAAGGGUGUUGCUUGUGGCAGAUCAGAUGUGCUGAAUGAUAAAUACGUUGUAAAGCCAUCCACAAAGGUUCCACAAAAAGCUAACUGCAAAGAGGAAGCUCACAGACAGUCAAAACAAGGGAUAUUUUGUAUGGAUGCAGACGGUGACAGGACGCUUCUGAAGAAUGCUAAUGAUGAAAAUAUCUAUAUACUAGAUGCCACAAAAGAAGGAAACGUGGGUCGUUUUCUUAAUCACAGCUGCUGCCCCAACCUCUUUGCACAGAGUGUGUUUGUAGAGACUCACAACAGAAGUUUCCCAUGGGUUGCUUUCUUCACAAACAGACAUGUGAAAGCUGGAACUGAACUCACGUGGGAUUAUGGAUAUGAAGCUGGAAGUAUGCCAGAGACAGAGAUUUCCUGUUGGUGCGGGGUUCAGAAAUGCAGAAAGAAAACAAAACGGCAGCCGGAGGUUCGGGCCCUGAGCGGGAUUCGAACCCCUGACCCCAGCUCCACCACGCCCAUAGGCGCGGGGAUGAGCCGAGAGCCGCUCCCUCACCACGUGACCCUCACAGCUCCAAUCCCCUCCCGCAUUCCGUACAGCAGCCAAUCGGCUGCUCGAAGCCCCACCCCGCCGCCUGGGGCUGUUAGUGAGCAUGCUUCGCUGUGCGCCGGGCCCCGCCCACUUCUGUGCGCCUCCUCCCCCGCGUGGAAGUGGGCCGCCGCGCAGGCCGGGCCCGGGGGUGGCGGUGGACGGGAGCGGCGCCCCGCGGUAAGGGUAGAUAGUGGAAGUCUGUCCCCAUCCUACCUUGCUUACGAGGUACAAAAAGGUGCUGGGGGGAAAAAGAAAUCAGUAAAUGGCUUGUUUUGUCCCAGUCCUUCUGUUCCAGGUGCUCUCCAGAUGAUGGCAAAAAUGGUGAGAAGGACGUGUGCCUUCUGUUCAGAAGGGGAGGCUGCUUCUAUAAUGUACGUUGCCAAAGAGCAAAAUAUUGCAGCUCAUCAGAGUUGUUUGUUAUUUUCCUCUGGAUUUGUGGAAUCUGAAGAGUAUAACCCAGAAAAUCUAGAUUUAAGAUUUGAUGUGGAAUCAGUGUUGAAUGAACUCAAGAGAGGAAAGCGACUGGUUUGCAACUUCUGUCGCAAGAAAGGAGCCACAGUGGGAUGUGAGGAGAGAGCCUGCCGCAGGAGUUACCACUACUUCUGUGCCCUGUGUGAUGAUGCAGCCAUAGAAACAGAUGAAGUAAAUGGAGUCUACCGGUAUUUAACAGUCUUUUCUGAUGUGGGAAUGCAGCUAAUAAGAGGAAAAGACACGCAUCGAAAUCUUCCACCACCAUGGAACAAAUGGUUGAUUUCUUUACAGAGGGCAGAAGAGACGGCAGAAGAAAACAGAUUACGGAUAUUAAGAAGGAAAAGCAGCAGACACAAAGUCCGAAUCGACUUUCUCAGGAAAUGCAAACAAGCUGGGCUUCUGGAUGACAUAUUUGAAGAAAUGUUGGAUACCCUUCACUUGGCACAGGAAAAGCUGAUGGAUGACAACACUUCAGAGACAGAGUAUGAGGAGACGGUAAUAUCGCUCUUUGACUGUGGACUGUUUGAAAACAUACUGACAAAUAUUCAUUCAGGGACUGAGGAAAAAAUUCAAGAACUGCUGGAAAGCAGGAAAAGACUGGAUAACCAGAUUGAGCUACUGCAGGAGUUGAAAGAAGUUUCCCUCCCCUCCCAAGAGAGUACUGCCAGUACAUCCAGUACAGUGUCUGAAUAACCCCACAGCUGUCGGUGAUGGUGUCAAUACUCGACAUUUUCUGAUGAUAGGAACCAUAUAGAGCACGUCUGGUCAGUGUGUAAGUGAUUUCCUUUCCCCCAGGCUAGGGCCACAGGCAAAGACUGGAUGUUUUUACUCAUUUUUAUACCUCACUGUUGCAAUAACUUGAAGUUGUUACUCCUUAAAUUUUACUGUGGAUAAUUGUAUUAUACAGCAGCUGUAGGUUUUUUUUAAAGCUGAAUAAAACCCUCCCCCAGGACUUUUUCCUUCAAAGACAAGGGACUAUCAUCAGCUGCCACAGAAAGCUUUUUCAAGUCACUUUAAUUGCAGCAGCCUCUCCUGCCUAUGUGAAGUGGCCACUUCCCUGUCUGCAUCUGCACGGUGUUGUUUUAAGGACCACAGUGCUGCUCUGGCUUUCCAAAGAACUUCAAUGAGCAGGACUUGCACUGAGAGAAGUCUUCUGAAUUGUAAGCUGGAGGUUUUCAAAGUGUUUUUUGAUUGACUGCCUACAAUACUAGGUCUGCUGUAGCAGCAGUGGUAGAAUGAUGGCUGCAGGCAGACCAGAAGCAGUUGGGUACUAUGCUCUGAUCAAUGUGUAUAGUAUAGAAUGGAUCAGACAAUGGGACUGUCUUCUUCCUUUCUUUGUUAAGAAAAGAUAAAACAGAGGGAAGUUGUAUCCUAAGAGCUAUUAUAUUAAAAUGGUUUGAAUACAGAAAAGCAUUGAUUAAUGAAAAUAAAGUGUUUUUAAGAAAGCU